AUGGUUAGCGUUGAAGAUAUUGAAAAACGUUUAAAAUUAAAGUUUUCAUCAGAGGAUGAUAAAAUUAAAAUUAUUGAUGAAUCAGGUGGUUGUGGUGCAAAAUUUUUAGUGGCAAUAGGUUCCUCACAAUUUGAUGGUGUUUCAUUACUUGAAAGACAUAGAAUUGUAAAUGAACUUUUAAAAGAAGAAAUUUCACAAAUUCAUGCAAUUACUCUAAAAACUUGGACCUUAAAACAAUAUGAAGAAAAAAUAAAUACAAUUUAA